AUGACGUCGGCUGGUCUUUUGGUCUUCUGCUCAGUGCUUACCCGGACGCUAUGCGUUAUUGCUCCACAGAUUCCAGAUUUCAAAACCGGUGACAAGAAAAUCAUCAACGGUCCUUUUUGGCACGAGGUCUUCACGGAAACUUAUGAAGACCACGAAGAAGAUCCGUCUACUACUACUUCUGAACCCUUACCUUUCUUCGAAGACGAUGUUUCUACUAAUAACGUGACAGCACAGCUUGGCAGUCGCGUGCACUUACACUGUCGCGUCCAUGAUUUGGGGGAGAAGACCAUAUCCUGGGUCCGUCGUCGUGGUGAUGAACUGCACCUCCUUUCCUUCGGCCGCCACACCUAUUCAGCAGAUUCUCGCUACUCUUUAGCCUUUGAACAUCCAAACGACUGGCGCCUCCUCAUCCAGUAUGUCAGUGAAAGAGACGAAGGCUUCUACGAGUGCCAGAUCUCUACUCACCCUCCUUUAGUUAGAAGGGUACAUCUUAGUGUGGUUGUACCAAAGGUAGAGAUAGUGGACGAACGUGGCCGGCCUCUACAGGACAAAUUCUACAAAGAAGGUUCUAUCAUAGAGCUUCGCUGUGUGGUCAGCGAAGUGCCUCAGCCGACGCGACAGGUCAACUGGAAGCAUGGCUCUAGGUUGCUCAACUACGAUACUAAAAGGGGUGGCGUCAGUGUAAAGACGGAGGCGACAUCUAACGGUGCCCUAUCACGUCUCUACAUAGCGAACGCCAACAGAAAUGACUCGGGGAACUACACAUGCUCACUAGCUGACGUUGCCGCGUCCGCUGUAUCAGUGCAUGUGUUGAGAGGCGAAAACCCGCUAGCGAUGCAACGGGGAGGCGCAUCAUGCAGUUCCGAUUCAUUGCUGGCUCUAACCGUCGCUUUCAUCAGCUGA